AUCAGUAGGUGGCGGUAAUGCACCUUUUUCGUUGGUUUGCCAAACCGCCAUAAAACACCAGAAGAAGAAGAAGAAGAAACGUCGCUGAGCUCGAGCUGUGUGAAAAAGCUACAAGACGAAAAGAAACCGUUUAUAUUAAAGGGCUGGUUACUGUAGUGCAUUUGCCUGUUAUUGGAGCCAUGGGCCGCAUCUUUCUCGAUCACAUUGGCGGGACGCGGCUCUUUUCCUGUGCUAACUGUGACACCAUCCUGACCAACCGCUCUGAGCUCAUAUCUACACGCUUCACGGGUGCCACUGGCAGGGCCUUUCUAUUCAACAAGGUGGUGAAUCUGCAGUACAGUGAAGUGCAGGAUCGUGUGAUGCUGACCGGCAGACACAUGGUUCGUGAUGUGAGCUGUAAAAACUGCAACAGUAAGUUGGGCUGGAUCUAUGAGUUCGCCACUGAGGACAGUCAACGUUACAAAGAAGGUCGUGUGAUCCUCGAGAGGGCGCUGGUCAGGGAGAGCGAAGGCUUUGAGGAGCACGUGCCCUCCGACACGUCCUGAUGGGAGUUCAUCUCUCAUAUCUGAGCUCAACUUCUCUCUUUCAUACAUGUAUUCAGGCUUUGUGAGGAUCUUUCGUCUGUGUUUUUUUCCUCCAGCACACAACCCAAGCUCUGUAGAUGUUCUCUGACAGCGAGACACUGAGUUAAUAAUUACAGCAACAAAAACCAUGCAAAUCGGUGUCUAAGGUAAAGAUUUGUGAGAAUCUCUUCCUUGUUUAAUUGAUAACAACAACACCACAUAAAAGUCAAGACGCUGGCUUAGAAGGCCAUUAGAAACAUCUGCUCAUCAAAUGCAUUGUUAAGUUGUAUCUUAACGCUAGCACUCCAUCAUAGUGUGUAUAAAGUUGAACUUUGGACAAUUUAGGAGAUUGAACAUGAAAUAUAUGCGCUGAAAGAUGUCUCUACUGAUGAACUGUGGCUUUCUCAAAAAUUGUCCCCUUAAUAUUUCAAGCAGGUUUAGAGAUCACCUGACCAGUAAAGAAGAUUUAUUUUUGUGUAAAUAACUGGUUUAUUUGGGUUGACCUUCCAGUCAAGGUUUGGGUGAGAUGGCCCCUCAAGGCUUCUCCAGUUUCUCAGAGUUGUGUGUCUUUUGUUGAAAACAAUGCGUUCGGCAUUUCAGUCUGAAAGGAUUUAAAAAGCCUUAAAUCCUUUCUGGUUGAACAGGGUUUCUGUCAUUACGAUCUAAUGAACAUGACCACAUUAUCACCAUUUAAACAAUUUAGAAAUGAUCUGCCUUUAUUGAUUAUGUGCUUAGUUAAAUUGCAUGUUCAAUAUUUUAAGUGUGCGCACACAGCAGGCUUAGAUGAAUUUGCUUUAUCACAGACACAUAAUAUUGUUUAAAUGUUUUUGUUGAAAAGCAAAUCAUUUGGUCACGUUGUUACAUCUGAAUGUUCCAAAUGUGAUGUGGCCAGUUUGUAGGAGGUUUGCUAUUAGCUGCACUCUGCGUGCAUGUGUUAAGAGUAUUACACCAAACUAUGAUUCAUUUGAUCAUUUGUGACUUCAAGACCGUAAUGUGAUUUUGUUUUUUUUUAUUUGGUCAAAGCUUCAAACUUCUGCUGAUUUAAAGGUUGCAGUUUGUUUUACCUUUACCUUAAGUGUGAACAUUAAGGUCAUUUUAUGCUUUCACAUUCUCAUUAAAGAACCUUGUCUUGAAUAUAAA